GCGAGGGCCAAUAACAUGGCAACAGACACGAAACUCUUAAAUUUGCCCGCUGGAUACCAUGUCGAUGGUUGUCGAAGACGCAAAGCGACAGCGCAAACUCGUGUACAACCGCAACCUUCUGCGACAGAAACGAUGCAAGUACUUGUCGGAGCGCCAAGCGCUGAUGGACGAGCUGACCGCGCUGGAAAUCCAGCUCCACGGCCAGCGAGCGUCCUCCGCACCCCUCUUGCCGUGGCGCGAGGUCAUGGUCGGUUUGAAGGACGACCGUGAGUUCCAGGAGCAACUGUCCAAAGAACUGGUGUCCAAAUACCACACGCACAAGGAAAUCUUCCGGUUUCUGUCCAAGUGGGCCAACCAAGUCGUCAAUCCUCAGGUCGAGCCACCUCUUCCAGCUACCGACACGUGGCGGAACGUGACACUUCUGCACAAUGUCCACGCGCGAAGGCUGGGCAUGGACUGGAUCACCCAGCAGCUGUACCACAACACUGAUCGAUGUUUCUACCUGCAUGGGGUCCCUUCGGCAGGCAUGUUGAACGACUUCCAAGUCAACUGUUCCGCCGCCACCAACGACACAUUGUCAUACAUUUGGCGUUUUCAGCACGAGUUCGACAUGCCGUUCGACCCGUGUCGCGAUGCUUUGCGCGACACGGUUGAGGAGUUCGUUAUGGGGGGGCUAUGGAACAGUCGCUUUAGCUGCUUUCUAGAUCAACAUGUCGUGCCGGAUGGGGCCCAAUACGCACGAAGCAUCCGCAGCCCUGACGAAGCGGUUAACUACCUCGCCCGGGAGUUUGCGUCCCCCGAUGAUCAACGAGUCACUUUUGUGGGGCGCAACAUUCUAGACGAUGAAAAUCAUCCGGCGUCGACACACCAGUCGCACCGAAUCUUUUGGUACGACCUGGAAAAGUUGUCACCCACCCGCACCAAGCUGCGCAUUUUGAUUCUCAAGUCGCAAGAUAUCUCCACCAAGGGCUAUGUGGCACUGGACGAAGAAGCCACGUACUGGGGCUGCAACCUCCGUGACUGCCCAGACCACCUCAAGCUCCAAACGUUUCGCACGCAUGCACACAACACAGGCAAGUCGCUGUUGGCCCUUGGCGUGUAUCAAAUGCAAAAGCGAAUGUUGCAAGCGUCAUCUCCUACGUCGAGCAAGUAUUCGAGUUGAAGCAGCAGCAUCAGUAGUAGUGUGUCUGAGCACCACCCUAUUCGAUAAUGGAAAGA